GUGUGUCUGAGUGAAACGCAUCUCUCGCUCAGUUCAGCCAUCAGCUGAUCGCUGUCAGCAGCAGUGAACGGCUCCUGCCAAACAAACUUCUGUCUUCUUCGUUCAAUCGCAAUACAGUGACUGCCAUGGAAGCACAAUCUGGGAACGACUUGUGGUGCUUGACGGCAUCGUUUAAACAGUACAAGGUUAAAAACGAAGGAUAUUUCUUGGAAAUAAGUGCCAGGGGUCUGACUGUUGUGAGCAACGAUGGAAAUAUGCCAAAAGAGUUUUACGAGCCCUCCGAUCUGAUCGGUUGCGUUUGCAUGCGAUCGGGCCCCGAGGAACCCAGGAAACACCUGGCCUUCUUUACCAUCUACGCCUAUCCGUUUGCUUCGUUAUCCAGGAAGAAAAAGAGGACGAGGGUCUCCCUUUCGUUCGUAGUGGACAAGGAGGACACGUACGAGAAGAAUUUGGCCAUUGCCAACGAGUGGAGAUCCGCCGUGUACUCUGCGAUUCGGGGAAAGGGACAUACUAGGAGUAGCAUCAACAGAAGGAAAAAACUAUUGAUUGUUAUCAAUCCCAACUCAGGACCUGGAAAAGCCCAUAGAAUUUACAAAAAACAGGUAGCUCCUAUUCUUGGAGAGGCUGAAGUACCUCAUGAAGUUCUCAUUACUAAAGCAGCAAAUCAUGCUUUGAAUUUGGUCAGAAGUAUGGAUCUUGAUCAGUAUGCAGGCUUGGUGAUUGUCUCAGGAGAUGGCUUACUUUAUGAGAUAUACAAUGGGCUCUUAUCCAGACCAGACUGGGAUAAAGCUAUAGAAUAUCCAGUUGGAGUGAUUCCUGGUGGAUCUGGGAAUGGUUUAGCUAGAUCACUGGCUCAUUAUUUAGGUGAACCUUACCUGGCAAAUCCUGUCUUGGUAUCUACGCUUAAUCUUGCAUAUGGAUAUACUUCACCAAUGGACCUUGUACUUGUUCACACUCCUGAUGCCCAAAGGCUGUCUUUCCUGUCAAUUGGCUUAGGAUUACUUUCUGAUAUAGAUAUUGAAAGUGAGAGGCUAAGAAGCAUUGGAGAGUCAAGAUUUGCUCUGUGGGCCAUUGCACGGAUUGCAAACUUGCGAAGAUACCGUGCUAAGUUAUCAUUCAGGCGCUUACAUAAGGCUUUGGUGAAUAACAAUCAUAAAAGACAUAAAAUACAGCGGUCCCAGACAGUGGAGGAAGAACCUUAUACAGAAAGUAGAGAAGAAGGGGGUCAACUGUCUAGAAGUCACAGUGUUACACAAGUAGAAGAGGACGAGUUUGAUAUGAAUGCCUCUCUAGUCAAAGUAGACCCAGUUAAAGCAGGAGAAAAUUCUGAAGAUGACUUCCUGUUGAAUGGAAAACCAGAGUAUGAGAAACAAGGUGACGAAUUCAGUAAAAACAUCACUGCGCAACUACAAGGUGGAUGCCAUAUGCCAAAGCUAGGAGAAUCAUUGCCCAAUGACUGGGAAACUGUUGAAGAUGACUUUAUCAUAAUAUAUGCAGUUUAUCAGAGUCAUAUUGGAACUGACGUAUUUCUUGCUCCAAAUGCGGCUUUGAAUGAUGGCAUCAUUUGGUUACUUCUAGUCCGUGGAGAUGCUACUAAAUCCAGUAUUACCAAAUUCCUGCUUGGAAUGGAUGGAAGUCACAUAAAUAUUCCAGGGGUAGAAAUGAUACCUGUGGAAGCCUUCAGGGUGGAACCCUCAGGGAAAUCUGGAUAUCUCACUGUAGAUGGUGAAGUCAUUCCAUGGGGCCCUUUGCAAGCCCAAAUACUUCCAAGUAAAGGGAGAAUAAUCACUCGGUGAUGUACUGUAUUAGCCACAUAUACUUCUUAUGCAUCUUGCACUGUCAAGAAAGUAUUUUGAAAGGUUCUAUAAAUUUCAAGCAGGGUGAGCCUGUCUCUGGCAGUUUUUUUAAGUAAUUUUUUUAGUUGUAUUUACUAUAACAACAUAAUGCUCAACUCUAAGGGCAAACAUUCCUUUUACAUUUGUUGUGAUAUUAAUUUUUGAAAGCUGGGAAAAGAUUUUGUUACAAAUCCAAGCAUGAACUUAAGGUGUAUUUUCUAGUAUUUCUAGUAUAUAAUAUAUGUAUGUAUAUUUGUAAUUACCGUAUUAUACUAUAUUUUUUACUGUCAUAUUAACUUACUUAAGGUAGUACUAGGUUAUAGAAUAUGUAUUUAUUAUGAAUCAUAAAAAUUUUCUCAUAAGUUUGCAAGGGUACAUUGUAUUUGGAUUUAUGAGGGCAUUGGAACCAUCCAUUUUCAGAAGCUCAUCUGAAAUUUGGUAGCAAUUUUCAUUCAUGUAUGUUGAACCAUUUUAGAACUGUUGCAAGUAGUAUCACAGGGUGUUUUAAGUGUUAAUUUGUUGCACAUUCCUUUUAAUAUAGUUAUACAUUUUUUUAUCAGUGGUAAUUCAUUGAGAGAAUGUAGCUAUAUAUUAAAAGGAAGUUUAGCAAAUGAGCCAUUCUGGUUUUAAUUGUUUCUUAUUUGUAUUUAUUAAUCAUAUUUCAUUGGAUGAAAGAACAAAAUUAGCAGGUAAUUUACAAUAGAACUUUGCUUUUACUGUAUUCUUUGAAUUGUAUUUUGCAAUAAUACCAUAGCUGUGAUUGCCAUUUUGCCAACUAUUUUCUCCGUAGUUGUAAAUACUGUAGCUACUUUUUAGGAUAACUUUAAAUUUACCUUUACAUGUAGUGUAGUUAAGCAGAUAGCUUGACAUGGCCUGGAAGGGUUCCUUCAUAAAACAUUUUGUUACAUAAAAUUCCCUCAGGAAUGAGUUGCUCUCAAGUUAUAUCUUAAAAGAAAUUAUUAGUGAAGUGUGCAAGUAAUCCAUGAGGUUCUACAUAAACUUAAGGGUUUUUGCCAUGCUGGUUUCAUGGACAUCAAGUUGUUGGCCAGUAGUUUCCAAAGUAUAAUACAAAUGAUAGGUUCAUACCUCCAACUUGAUCCUGGAAUAAACCUGAAAUAUGUAUCUUUUAUCAUGAUACAAAGGUAUGUAGUUCCAAAGUAUUUAUUGUUUUUACAUCAUAAUAUGUAUGGUUGUUGUCCAUCAAUCUCUGAUAUACACUGAAUGAUUAUUUAGAGAUUAGCAUAUGAUUUAGUUUCAUAAAUUUUUGACAAUCUGUAACAUUAUAACCAUAGUUUUUAGCACAAUUUUUUAGUCUGUUCUUCAAGAUACAGAUACCAAUUAUAUGUUUUGGAAUAUCAUGCUUAUGCUAUAAUCUAUUCUUUAUCUGUAUUGAUUUUCUGUUAUACAUUGUUAAAUCACAUAAUCUAAUAUCAUGGUCUUAUUCAGAAAAAUUCUGUUCUUUUAUCAGUAAAAUAUAAAAUUUUUAAA